AUGCCAUCAUAUCCAAGUCCAAUACCAGCGCCAAUAUUUGACUCGGAUGAAUCUGAUGAAAUCAGUCAACACUCCAAUGACAGUAGCAGUUGUUUAUCAUCACAAUUCAAGCAAUAUACUCGUUUAUCAUUUUCACCUAAAUUAAAUUGUAAUUCAACAAGUCAAAUAUUACCAUUAACAUCAACAUUAAGUUUUGAUGAUGAUAACGCAUUAGAUGGUCAAGAUAAUAUCAUUGAUAUAGAAUCAACGCCAACAAAACUUAUGAAUUCUACAAGUAGAAAACGUAAACGUACAAAUGAUAAUUCUCAACAUCUCACAUGUCAAACACCCAAUCAAUCACCAUAUACACGACGUAAAAAUCUUGAUUAUGUUCAACAAAUAACAUUUCAAUCACCAAAAGUUCAACGUCGGACGCGUAAUUUUAAUCAAUCAACGGUAGAUAAUCCAUCAGUAACAUUUUCAACUCUUAUCAAUAUAAAUCCAUUUAAAAACAAACAUCAUUAUCAUACACGUCUUGUUGCUAAACGUGAAUCAUUACUAAUACCAUCAUUAAAAAAUUUAUUUAUUCAGCGAUACGAACAAGAAUUUCAUUAUGAAUCAUGUUUAGGCUAUGGUGAAUUUUCACAAGUUAAUCUAUGUACAAAUCGUCUUGAUGGUUUAAAUUAUGCUAUAAAAACAUCAAAACAAUCUCUGAUUGGUACAUGUCAUGAACAACAAGCAUGGCAUGAAAUAUGUGCAUUUGCAGCAUUAACAACGCAUGAAAAUUUAAUUCGUUAUUAUUCAUCAUGGAUUGAAUCCGAUGGAAGAUUUUUCAUUCAAUUAGAACAUUGUAAUGGUGGUUCAUUAGAAGAUUUAAUUGAAAAAAAUCGAAAAGACAAUAAAUUUCUCAAUGAAGACGUAUUAAAAACUAUUCUUCAUCAAAUGAGCAAUGUAUUAGCAUUUAUGCAUAGAAAUGAUUUAGCACAUAUAGAUAUUAAACCAUCAAAUAUAAUGUUAUGUUAUUAUACAGACAAUGAUGUUAUCUAUAAAUUAGCUGAUUUAGGUCAUGUAAGUCAAAUCAGUUCAUGUACAGUUGAUAAUGAUGGCGAUUGUCGUUAUUUGGCAUUAGAAAUCAUUCAAAAAUCGAAUUCAACAAAUUUAUAUCUAGAUAAAUGUGAUAUUUACUCAUUAGGCUUAACAUUAUAUGUUUGUGCAACAAAUUAUAUUAUGCCUAAGCAAGGCAAUGAAUGGCAACAAUUACGAUUGAAUAUUACACAAUUUCUACAGCGUAUUUCACAAUGUUCAAAACAAUUUAACGAACUUGUACUUGAACGCAUGUGUAAUAUCGAUCCUAAUCGACGACCAUCUGCCUAUGAACUAUUACUAGAUCCACUUGCUCAACCAGCAAUACCAACAAGUGUUGAAUGUCUUAGACAUACUUUAAAACAAGAACGCGUUAAAAAUUUAUUACUAAAUAAAAAAUUACUCGACCAGUAUAUUUUAACAAACACAUCAGAUCUUCAAACAUUACCAUUAUAUAGUACUGAUAUUAAUAAUAGUGAUAUUCGAUCAAAUUCUCCAACACAAUCAAUUCUUGUACCACAAUAUCAAUAUACAUUAACACCAACUAAUAAUUCACGUGUAAUAUUAGUUAAUUCACCAGGUUGUUCGACAAAUCUCAAUCAAUCAGUGACAUCACCUGUAUCUUGUUCAACAUUGGCAAUGAAACAACAAGUCAAAUUAGCCGGUUCAGUUAUGUUUCGUUAUUAUUCCAGUAUCAUUUAA